AUGUACCAAGACCGAUAUAUUAACGAAAGAAGCAAAGUAUAUCAGGGGUCCGCGUCUAGAACCGAUAGACUAUCUUACAUUGCAGUGGAUGACAAUAUUCCAAAACUGUCUCAUUCCCAUUUCAGUAAUGAAGAUUCUCGUGGUUUGGUGCGUAGCCAAGCAAGAAAACGAUUCUUGCCCCCGCCGCCGCCAUCGAAAUCGCCAGAACGUUACCUAUCACACAAACAUCAACACAACAAUAGCGUAAAUGAACAUCCCAGAGCUUCUCUGAGGGCAUCGCCAUCUUUAUCAUCAUCAUAUGAGUAUUCGUAUGAGUACAUUUACAGCAACACGUCGUGUUCGACUUCCUCUAGCGCAUCUAGGGGAAGCAGUACAGGCGCCCAGGGCGGUGCGCGUUCUGACAAGAUAUCCCGUCGAGAGAUUCCCUCAGGUAAGGAUUUAGAGUUAGCCGCAGCUGCAGCAUGUAACGCCAUCCUUGAGAAGGAAAAGUCACUAAAACUGGUGGAGCUUAAGCUUCUAAAUGAAAAGCAAAAAUUAUUGGAGGAGGUCAAGCGGCGGACUUCGAUGCACAACAAUGCAGAUACUAAAGACAAUACCAUCGCAUGUCUAGAAAAACUUGUGAUAUCCGAUGAUUCUAUUAAAAAGCCGGGCAAUUAUCUCCUUUGUGAGUCGCCUAAGCCUCGUCCAGUUGACGAGGAUUCGGUGGGAGCUGCUGGUGAUCACACGCGCAGCAUAACAUGUGGCGAUGCAAAUCAGCCGACAUUGAACGGUAUUCACCACCCGUUAAAGGCUAACAGAGCUUUUAAUUCACAUGAUACAUCAUUCAGACACUCCAAAGAAGGACCGGAAACACCUCCUAGAGAACGGAAUAUUCAAACUAAAUCAGAAGCGGCCCUACAAUCCUCACAUCCUUUGCAGAAUGUUGCACCACAAGAUGACCUAACAAUUGCAGGCUCCACUCAGGUAUUUUCAGAUAGAACAGCCUUCAUUAGACUAGAACAUGGGAAGAUAGUAAAGGACGUCACUACAAAACAGCACGCGGUGACAAAUAUUGAGAAUCAUUUACCUGAGAAAUUACCUGAUGCACGGGCGUCGUCGGAGCCAGAUGGCAACACUGGAAUCCCCACAAUCGUUUCCGUACCUGUCUUGACCAAGUCUUUAGAACCGAACCGUAUAGGAGUGUCUGAAGACACACUUCCAGUAUUCGACGCGUCUCUGCCAGGAAUAAAUGAAACCAAGACCGCCCCUCACGUUCAAGUCGAUGGAGUUACCCGAGCAACGGUAGUGUCGCCGUCAGAUGUGGUCUUCUCUAGUGGAGGUAGUGUACAGUUGGCGAAAGAGGAGUCCAAGGGAUUGCACACCGAUCCGUCAAAAAUUUCUGAGCAAUUGCGGGGUAGCCCUGGCACCGCGGGGUCCAUCAACAGCUUCGUAGUGAAACAGAUCUCGCCUAGUGCCUUUGGGGGACGGUAUAUGUCUCCGAAAAUAGACGAAAGCUCUGUGGAAUCUUUAAAUCCCCCCCCGGAGCGUCAGAGGCAGGUAAUACAAUGCGCCCCCAUUCCCUACUACAGCUCGACAGCCCAGUCAUUGAAGUCAGCACACUCAGCCAACCAAGGAAGUCGGCCAUCCCAGCCCAUAACCCUCACUAACCCCCCUAUGGACCGUUCCAAUCGUUUUCUUUGGGAUCCGAACGCGAAGACGGUUUCCACCCGCAGCAAGGGAAUCAAGGAUUUCCUCUGCGCCGAAUACGUAUCGCCGUCAAACUCUCAUGAACCCGUACUCCCUACGGAGCCCGCCCGGGAGGAGGACCAGACGACGGCGAAGGAUGCUGCCAAAAAUCACGACAGCGAUUCCCGCCCGCAUGCCCAACCCGAUGCUCAACCGAUGGACCCUCCUAUUUUUGAACCUUUUGUGGAAGAAAGCACGCCGCAAAAGAUGCAAUCGCCUCGCGCGCAGCAUCAGUCGGACAAUUCGGGAGGAGGCGAUAGGCAAACGACCUUUCUCCCGUCGACGGAACAUGUGAACGGGAUCCCGAAUACAGUCGCUAAUCAUAGUCCCCAUUCGCCUUGCAAUUCUUUAAUACGAUCGGGGAGCUCCUCUGUUGAAUUUCCAACCCCACCUCGCGCCCCAGCGGACAAAAAGGGGAAGCCAUGCUGUUGUGGAAGGUACUGUACUGGGUGCCGCAAAGGCAAGAAUAACGAAUCUGGUCCUAGGCGACUUAUGCAGUGCCUUGUUCCUUGGUUCAAAAGAAAUAAAAAGGAUACCAGUCCACACCAACCCACCAAAGAUUAA